AUGGUUCAGCUCACUAUAUUUGGAUUGCUUGGACUGGCCUCUCUAGUCGUCAGCGGCCCUCCAUAUUAUGCCAAUCUGACUUGGGAGUCAGCUCGUACACUCUCAAAUUGGUCUAAUCUUACCGUAGAGACCCAGACAGGAACGUUCAUUGGUAUGCUAAAUGAUACCUAUCCCGAUGUCCGGCAAUUUCUGCGUGUCCCUUUUGCCCAGCCUCCUGUUGGGGAUCUAAGAUGGCUGCCUCCACAAAGUCUGCCGAAGUCCUCUAGAAAGAUUGACUCAACGCGCUUCGGGCCGGCUUGCCCGCAAUAUGUUUCCUCGAAUGAUGGCAUAUGGUCCGAGUUCGAGCCGACAAGUCUACUACUUAACAUUGGGGAGUCAGAUAACGAAGGAGCGGUGGCCUGGUCUUCUGCUGAAGACUGCCUUUCGUUAGCUAUUUGGACACCCUCAUACGCUAAUAAGACGUCGAAAUUACCGGUUGCCCUGUUUGUUACUGGUGGUGGUGGGGUGACUGGAGGAAUCGAAGUUCCAUCCCAAUUACCGUCUCACUGGGUGUCACGCUCCCAGGAACACAUUGUGGUGACUAUCAAUUAUAGGCUGAAUAUAUUCGGAAAUCCCAAGUCUAAAGCCUUGAAUGAGACUUCCCUUACUCUGCUAGAUGUACGAGCCGCAGUGGAAUGGGUAUCGCAGAAUAUCAACGCUUUUGGAGGAGACCCCGCCAAUAUCAUGCUUUGGGGACAGUCUCAAGGUGCUGCCCUCACCCACCUUUACACAUUGGCAUUUCCGGACGACCCCCUUGCGGCAAAAUUCGGCAUCAUAUCCCAGCCGCCCUCAGUUACGAUCAAUUUAACAGAGACGAGCGAUGUUUAUGAAGACUUUGAUAUCGUUGCCAAGGGUCUCGGAUGUAAUUAUGGCGAUGAUGUCGACGCUGAACUCGAAUGCAUGCGUCAAGUUUCCUGGGUCCAAAUAGAGGAGUACAUCAAUCGCUACAAUGCUACGCCCUCUAUUGCUUUUAGUAAUUACAUUCCGGAUGAGAGGUAUAUCUUUUCAAACGAGACUGAGCGCUACAUCUCCGGCCAAGUUGCACGUGGACCAGCAAUCCGAUCAGACGCUUCAAGAGAAAUGUCCUCAACAGACCAGGACCAGGUCAAUGAGUCCGAGAGUGAAUGGAUCUGCACGGCUUAUGAUGACUCCAUAUUAAGGGCGAGCUUAGAUCUCAUGACCUAUCGAUACGAGUGGGCGGGCAACUUCUCCAAUAUUAGCCCCGUCUACUAUCUCGGAGCAUUCCACUGGUCAGACCUCUUGAUGAUUUUUGGGACCUACAUGACGGAUGUAGGACAAAUCUCCGACCUUGAGGUCUCCACGUCUGAAGCCAUGCAAGAUUAUAUUUUGGCAUUCCUGAAGGACUCGGCAACAGUCAGUUCCACUGUUGGCUGGCCAGCUUUUGACGCAAACGCGCCACAAGGAGGGCUUAUCCUUGAAUUUGGUAAUAAGACCGUUGUGAAGAACAUAACUGGUGAUUUCCUGGAGGCAGGCUGUUGGAAUUCCUCCAUGCCUUUCCAAAUCUAUGAGCCCAGGGAGAGAGCAUAG